GCAAGGGCGUGGCUGAACGACUGUAUCACCACUCAUCCAGAAUGCCGAAGUAAUACUAGCCGCAAACUCCCCACCAGGGUGAUCAAUGUUGGAACUUCAAACAGUGAAGUGCGACUUGUGGAAACGAACGGAAGUGAAGGUCGAUAUGCUACACUCAGUCAUUACUGCGGCAAAAUUCAUCCACCCCUCACAGAGAAUGAAACACUUGAAGACAGAAAGCAGGGCAUCCCAGUCGAAGAUCUGCCGAAAACCUAUCGAGAUGCAAUCAUGGUGACUCGCGGACUCAAGCUACGAUACUUGUGGAUCGAAUCCCUUUGCAUCAUUCAAGAUGCUAGAGAUUACAUAAAGGAAAUGGCUGCCAUGCAGGAUAUUUUUGCAAAUGCAGUAAUAAACAUUUCGGCUGACGAUAGUCUGGAUACGAUCGAUGACUCUUGCGGACUUUCACACACUAAAGAUGGCCAUCAACAUAUUUUAAGGACUCGAGCUUCGGUACUACAGGAACGUAUGCUCUCUCGUCGCAUACUGCACUUCUCUGCUUACGAGCUUGCGUGGGAAUGCGAUACCAAUGUGCGGUGUGAGUGUUCGUCUCAUAUCAGACCAGCAAGCCAAAGGCCGAUGCGGAAAUGUAUAAGGGAGCAAAACAGUGAUGCUCCAACUAACAUCAAUUAUAACAAUCUUUGGAGUGACAUUUGCUCAACUUAUUCUAAACUUAACCUGGGUCGAGACUUCACCACGUUAAACACUAUCGCUGGACUGGCUUUCAGAGUUGGUGAAAGGUCUUCCAAGACGUAUGUAGCGGGAUUAUGGAAGGAAGAUCUUCCAUGUGGCCUCCUUUGGCGCACGGCCGCGACGGUGAAGAGGAGGAGGGUAGACUUUCCUACAUGGUCAUGGGCAUCCUCGACUGGAAAAGUU